AAGAAAUUAUGCCCACACCCUUUUUUCUGAGCUUUCUUUCAAAACACAAAAUAGAUACCUGCCUUCAAACUUUCCUUCAAAGAUGCACAAAUUUCAUUCUCAAGCAUUUUCAGAUCUGCAUCAUAUAUACUAGUAGUAAAACACUGCAUAAUUUGUCCUUCAACACUUUCCAUCAAUGGAAUCUGCCAUCUCCCUACGUUACUGUCCCUUUCCCUACAGCUCCAAAGGAUUUCAAAGUGCAGGUUCUAUCAGAUUUCAUCUCAGGUUAAACCAUGCCACAUCUCUUUGCGCCCCUCAAUUUUGUGGCACCAGAUACCAAGUUACACGUUCUGUUGGGCAUGCAAAUUGCAGUGUUGGAAGAUUCUCUGAGCCCUCACAGAAGGAGGGAAGAGGCAGCAAAAUUUUGAGAGGGGUUAAAGGAGCUUCUCUUGUGCUGGCAUGUGUUCUUGGAUUGUUUAACUUGAAGAUGAAUCCAAAACUCAUCACUGCUCAUGCUUCUUCUUCAUUUCCUAAUUUUAAUUCACCCAUGUCUGAGAGUGAAGUUGAUCCAUCUAAUGUUGAGGGCAAAGGAAGAGAUGCUCUUAAGUCAUUGUUGAAAACAGUGAAAGAUGCAGAAGUUGAAACUUAUCAGAAUGAGAUAAUCCCUUCCCGGUUUAGUAAGCUUGGACCUAGCGCAGAAGAAGUUAACACUCUUAAGUGUAUUGCUAUUGGUGAAAGCAAAUCUGAGAGGGGAGGUCAAGCACUGAAGACAUUGCAUGAAGAAUACAUAAAGUGCAAGAAUAAUUCUCCGGAGGCAGAAGAGUAUCUUGCAGUGGCUUUGAUAGAAGUUUUCCUGCUGCUCCAGGAAAAUUUGGAGGAGGCCCGUAAAAUUCUUGACGAGCAAAUCGACCAACUGCUUCAAUCUUCUGACUCUCAAAUAUUUAGCCGUAAGAAGGCUAAUAAGGUAACCCCAAAAGAGAAAUGUGAUGAACUACUGAACCUUUACAAAGAUUCAAAAUUUAUAAGAGUGGUGAUAGCUAAAUGGAUACUUUACAAGGCCAUUGUACACACAAUGUUGGAAGACAAAGAAGCAGGGAAAUGGGGUAGACCUAAUAAGGAAGCACUCCAAUGGAGAAAAGCAUUCAUCAAAACAUUUUAACUCUUUCCUCUUUCUUUCACUUCUCAAACUUUAUUCACUGUGGGGCACAUUUUUUUUUAUAUAAACAAAAUUUCAGAUUUAUUAUUUUAAUCUAUUUCAUUUUCUGUAA